AUGACGUCAUUUGUUGGAACAACGUGUCGAUGGCAUUUGCGAACUUGCAACGUGGCACUGCGCGCCACCAAGCGUCGGGCUUCCACGACUAGGACAGCCGCAGCGGCAAACCAAACUGGUGGAAGGCAGCAAGGGGCGGUCGGUCCAGCCGAGCCCGCAAAAGGGGACGUGGUAGACCUCCAGCCACCGAAGGGCACGCGCGACUUCCAGCCCGGCGAUAUGAGAGUGCGGAACUGGCUCUUCGAUCAAUUCCGACAAGUCGCCCUGACGUUCGGGUUCGAGGAGUGGGAUGCACCUGUGCUGGAAUCCGAGGAUCUGUACACGCGAAAGGCUGGCGAAGAGAUCACCCAACAGCUAUACUGCUUCGAGGACAAGGGGGGGCGCCGUGUGUCCCUCCGUCCAGAACUCACACCGUCGCUCGCCCGAAUGGUGCUCGCGCGGGGCAAGGGGCUGCCCUUGCCUGCGAAGUGGUUUGCGAUAGGACAGUGUUGGCGCUAUGAGCGCAUGACGCGUGGCCGCCGGCGCGAGCACUACCAGUGGAACAUGGACAUCUUUGGUGUCUCGGGGGUCGAGGCCGAGGCCGAGCUGCUUGCGGCGAUCGUGGCAUUCUUCCGCCGCGUAGGGCUGUCAUCGGCGCACGUGGGGCUGAAGGUGUCGUCGAGGAAGAUCCUCGAAGCGGUGCUGGAGACACAGGGAGUUCCAGCGGACGCUUUCGGCCCUGUCUGCAUCGUUGUGGACAAGAUCGACAAGCUUCCGCGAGAAAACAUCGUGGCAGAGCUGUCGAAUCUCGGGGUCGAGGAGGCGGCGAUCGACUCGAUCUUCGCUGCGCUGGAAAUCCGCUCCAUCGACGACCUCGAGACUCUCCUCGGCGCUGACGAUCCCGUCGCUGCGGACCUCCGACGGCUGUUCGAGCUUGCAAGGGGCUAUGGAAUCGACGACUGGCUGGUCCUGGACACAUCAGUGGUGCGCGGGCUCGCGUACUACACCGGACUGGUGUUUGAGGGUUUCGACCGCGCUGGCAAGCUGCGCGCUAUCUGCGGCGGAGGACGGUACGACAGGCUGCUAUCGACUUUUGGGGGCGAGGAUACACCCGCCGUGGGCUUUGGAUUCGGCGACGCCGUCAUCGUCGAGCUGCUGGAGGAGCACAACUUGUUGCCCUCGCCCCCGCACCACGUUCAGGACGUCGUGGUGUGCCUGGACGAGGACCUGCGCACGCAUGCCUGCCUCGCGGCCAGCAGCCUGCGGGAGGCGGGCAGGAAGGUCGACUUGGUUCUUGAGGCGAAGAAAAUGAAGUGGGUGUUCAAGCACUGCGACAGACUGGAAGCUGACCGUUUGAUCAUCUUGGGUGCCAAGGAGUGGGAGCGUGGAGUGUUGCGCGUAAAGGACCUGCGCGAGCGCGAGGAGAGUGACGUCGCCAUCGACGAUCUCGUGUAG